UUAAUAAUAAAACACCUUUCGAGGGGUAAUUAAUACCACAGACAUAUGAAGAAAUAAAAAGAAUAAUAGCUUUACUUUAUGCGAGGAAUAAUAUUUGGUUCCUGGUUAAAGUUGGCGGGUUCUUCGGUGGUAACGCUUACUUUUAUUGUGGCGCUAGUCGUGGCCACAAAACCCAAUAAAAGAAGCUUAGUCAAUCCAGAAUUGUAUGGAUGGUCAGGCUCCGCCGGUUGGCUGCAAAUUCCUCAUGGUUGGUCGUCGGAUACAAAUUCUGAUGUGGCUGGGGCUAUAGCCGCAGCCAAAUCUGCAGCUGCGGCGGUGAUGUCAGCGCAACACGAGGUUGCCGCCGCUAAGCAUGCUGCUCUUCAACACCAGAGUCUCGCCAGCGCAAAAGAAGCAACUGCAGCUCACGCCGCUCACAAGAGCGAGGAAGCAGCUAGAAACGCUCGUGCUCAUGCAUUGGAAGCAGCACAAGCCGCGGUUCACUCACAAGCACAGCUCGCUGCGGCAAAGGCAAGAGCUGCUGUCGCGCAUAAGAUUGCCGCAGCCAGGGAAGCCGCUGCUGCUAAAGCUAUAGAAAGAGCUGCUAGUAAUCAGGCUGCUAGAUUACAGAACGCAGAUAUAGAAAACUUAAAGCUGUCAGUUAUACAAAGUUCCGGGGCAGCUGGUGCGGCUACUGCAGCACAGCACACAGCCACUGCUGCUGCAGCAGCGCUGCGUACACCUGCUUCCGAUUGGCCUGUGAAACUCUGGUCUCCUUCUAGCGGACCCUGGGCCUGGGCUUAAAAUUAACAACAUAAUAACAUCGCUAUACAUGAUGAAAUUGAAUUUUCGAACAUAAAAUAUAAUUUUUAGUUACUUUUCUGUAAACGAAUAAGAUAACAUUUUUAGCUAUUAAGAAAAUGUAUUUUGUAUUGUGAUUGUAAUUUUGAAUUUUAAAUAAAAUAAAAAUAUUGUGUA